GGACUCAGGGACUGACUCUUCCCGUCUUAUGACUGUGUUUACUGGGCUGGAUUUUGGGAAGGGGCCAGAUUGCAUCAGACAAGGCCUCAUGGGCUGGAGCCAGACUGUGGUCUGAGGAGGAGACACAGCCUUAUAAGCUGAGGGAGUGGACUGGGAGUGGAGAGGCCUGGGGCCAGGAAAGCAGAGACAGACAAAGCGUUAGGAGAAGAAGAGAGGCAGGGAGGACAAGCCAGGCACGAUGGCCGCCUUCCCACCAGCAACCAGCGCCCCCCAGCAGCCCCCAGGCCCGGAGGACGAGGACCCCAGCCUGGAUGAAUCUGACCUCUACAGCCUGGCCCAUUCCUACCUCGGGCCUCUCAUCAUUCCUAUGCCCACUUCACCUCUGACUCCUGCCUUGGUUACAGGAGGCAGAGGCCGGAAAGGUCGCACCAAGAGAGAAGCUGCUGCCAACACCAACCGCCCCAGCCCUGGCGGGCACGAGAGGAAACUGGUGACCAAGCUGCAGAAUUCAGAGAGGAAGAAGCGAGGGGCACGGCGCUGAGACAGAGCUGGAGAUGAGGCCAGACCACGAAUACUACACCCAGCAAUAGAGACGGGACUGCGGAGGAAGGAGGACCCAGGACAGGAUCCAGGCCGGCUUGCCACACCCCCCACCCCAGGACUUAUCCCCGCUGACUGAGUCUCUGAGGGGCUACCAGGAAAGCACCUCCAACCCUAGCAAAAGUGCAAGAUGGGGAGUGAGAGGCCCGGAAUGGAGGGGCAGAGCCAGGAAGAUACCCCCAGAAAAGAAAGCUACAGAAGAAACGGGCUCCUCCAGGGUGGCAGCAACAAUAAGUAGACACACACGGCAGCCACAGCUUGGGUGUGUGUUCAUCCUUGCUCUUUGUGUGUUUUUGUUCGGGCACGUGUGUGCCUGCCUGUGCCUGCACAUUCAUGAGCCUGAGAGAGCAUCUUUGAUGUGUAUUUGUGUUUGGUGUAUGUAUCUGGGGCAGGGAGUGUUCCUGCUCUUGGAGGGUCUACGCUGUGAAUGCGGCUUUUGGUUUGUUUGUUUUUGCUUGCAUAUAUUUUAGUGCAUACAUUUCUGUGGGCUCCUACGUAGUGGAAAGGAAUUUCUUCUGCUUUUUUGCAAUACUGCCCAUGAAACACAGCCCUCCCCAGCGCCUGUCUGUUUUUGUUGAUUGUGUCCUGUUCAUAGACAGGAAUGCUACUUAUGAGUGCCAUGUAAAAGACAGAGAAAACUGAGAUUUAAAAUAUUAAAGGCCAGGGCCGGGCACAGUGGCUCACGCCUGUAAUCCCAGCACUUUGGGAGGCCGAGGCGGGCGCAUCAUGAGGUCAGGAGUUCAAGACCAGCCUGACCAACAUGGUGAAACCCCGUUUCUACUAAAAAUACCAAAAAUUAGCCGAGCAUGAUGGCAGGUGCCUGUAAUCCCAGCUACUCAGGAGGCUGAGGCAGUAGAAUCGCUUGAACCCAGGAGGUAGAGGUUGCAGUGAGCCGAGAUUGUGCCAUUGCACUCCAGCCUGGGUGACAGAGGGAAACUCUGUCUCAAAACAAACAAACAAAAACUAAAGUCUGGGAGCAGUGGCUCAUGCCUGUAAUCACAGCAGUUUAGGAGGCUGAGGUAGGAAGAUUACUUGAGCCUAGGAGUUCAAGACCAGCCUGAGCAUCAUAGUAAGACCCCAUUUCUACAAUUUUUUUUUUUUGAGACAGAGUCUCACUCUGUUGCUCAGGCUAGAGUGCAGUGGCACCAUCUUGGCUCACUGCAACCUCUGCCUCCCGGGUUCAAGCAAUUCUCAUGCCUAAGCCCCCUGAGUAGCUGGGAUUACAGGUGAGCACCACCACACCCGGCUAAUUUUUGUUUUUUUGUUUUUUUGAUACAGAGUCUCACUCUGUCGCUCAGGCUGGAGUGCAGUGGCAUGAUCUCAGCUCACUGCAACCUCUGCCUCCUGGGUUCAAGCUAUUCUCCUGCCUCAGCCUCCUGAGUAGCUGGGACUAUAGGCACCUGCCACCACGCCUGGCUAAUUUUUGUAUUUUUAGUAGAAACAGGGUUUCACCAUGUUGGCCAGGAUGGUCUCAAUCUCCUGACCUCAUGAUCCACCCGCCUUGGCCUCCCAAAGUGCUGGGAUUACAGGCAUCAGCCACCAUGCCUGGCCAAUUUUUGUAUUUUUAGUAGAGAUAGGGUUUCAUCAUGUUGGCCAGGCUGGUCUCAAACUCCUGACCUCAAAUGAUCUGCCCACCUCAGCCUCCCAGCCUUUGGGAGGCCAAGGAGGGAGGAUCGCUUGAGGCCAGGAGUUCGAGACCAGCCUAGGCAACAUACCAAGACCCUGUCUCUACAAAAAUUUAAAAAUUAGAAAAGCAUGGUGGCUCAUGCCUGUAGUCCUAGUUGCUCAGAGGCUGAAGUUGGAGGAUCCCUUGAACCCAGUUGGAGGCUGCAGUAAGCCAUGAUGGUGCCACUGCACUCCAGCCUGAGCAAUAGAGUGAAACCAUGUAUUGAAAAAGAGAGAGAGAAGAAAGAAAGAAAGAAAGAAAGAAAGAAAGAAAGAAAGAAAGAAAGAAAGAAAGAAAGAGAAAGAAAAGAAAGAAAGGAAGAAAGGAAGGAGAGAAAGAAAAGAAAGAAAGAGAAAGGGAAGGAAAGAAAAGAACGAAAGAAAGGAACAAAGGAAGAAAGAAAGGAAAGGAGAGAAAGAAAGAGGAGAAAGGAGAAAAAGAAAGAAAGAAAGAGAAAGAAAAAGAAAGAAAGAAAGAAAGAGAAAGAAAAAGAAAGAAAGAAAGAAAGAAAGAAAGAAAGAAAGAAAGAGAAAGAAAAAGAAAGAAAAGAGCGAGCCAGGGCGCAGUGGCUCAUACCUGUAAUCCCAGCACUUUGGGAGGCCAAGGCAGGUGGAUCACCUGAGGUCAACAGUUCGAGAUCAGCCUGACCAAUAUGGAGAAACCCCAUCUCUACUAAAAAUACAAAAGUAGCCAGGUGUGGUGGCGCAUGCUUGUAAUCCCAGCUACUUGGGAGGCUGAGGCAGGAGAAUCGCUUGAACCCAGGAGGCAGAGGGUGUGGUGAGCCAAGAUUGUGCCAUUGCACUCCAGCCUGGGCAACAAGAGCAAAACUCCGUCUCAAAAAAAGAAAAAAAGAGAGGAAGAAAGAGAGAGGGAGAGAGAGAGAGAAGGAGGGAAAGAAAGAGGAAGGAAAGGAGGAAGGGAGGGAGGGAGGGAGGGAAAGAAAUAAUAAGGGAUUUGCUGUAGGUCACUCAGGGCUCAUAUUCAGGGAUCUUAUUGUCUUCGGAUAUGAGGUGGGUCCCCAGGCCAAGGGGGCUGUGGGACAGGGUUCUGGGAAGUGAGAUGGGGGAGGGAGAUUCUUACUCAGUGCUAUGUCUCAGGACCAGAGUUGAGAAAAAUAUGGGGCAAACAAGAAGUGUGGUUGGAGCUGAGAUGAUUUAUUGAUUGAGAUACAGGUUUGGGUUGCUAUUACGAAGAAUCAAAACAGGAUAGAAAGUUACUCCUCUCUUACUUAGCCCCAAGUCCUCCUGGGUUCAAAUGGCAGCUCCAUUGUGUUGAGGAUUCCAGCUAUUUUUACUCAUUGUUCUGCCACACCUAAAACGUGGCUUCCACUUUGAGGCCCAAAAUAGCUACUCCAAUACCUGCCAUCACAUUUGCAUCUCAGCCUGUGGAAAGAGUGUGGAAGAGACAGAGGAGGCCACACCUCUUCAAUUUUAGGGCAUAACCUAAAAGUAGAACACAUCACAUCUGCUGGGAAUGUGGCUACAUGGCCACACCCAACUACAAGAGAGGUUGGGAAAUGUAGCAUUUAGCUGCUUAGCCACGUGGUAGCCAAAACUUGGGCAACAGCAGGGUUUUAUGAUGAAAGGGAACCAGAGAGAGUGAAUACAGGAAGAAGCUAGCAAGAAACAUUGCCCACAUGCAGACUCAACAGAUGUCGGGGGAGAAAACUCUGAGAUUGGGCCCCGGGCACAGCCUGUUUCCUUUUCCCCUGUCCCUUUCACAUAAGCCCCACACUGCAGAACUUGGAGUCAGUGGUUCAUGGGGACCCAAGGACAUCCACCGAGGACCAAAGUACCUGAUAGAGCAGGAACAGAUGCACGUCAGACUACGACCAGCUUGAACCCUUGGGGACCUGUAUCCAUCCCCUUCCCUUGAGUCCAGCCUAAUCACAGCCACAGAAUGAAUCCAUGACCGGGAAGGAUAUUUAAGGACCUCUGGCCCACUCUCCCCACUCAACAGUGGGACUGCCUCUACUUGUUUGAAUACCACUAUGGAGGGGGAACUUGCUACGUUUGAAGGUUGCUGAAUUGUUUUGUUUUGUUUUGUCUUGUUUUGUUUUGUUUUGUUUUUGGAGAUGGAGUCUCUCUCUGUCACCCAGGCUGGAGUGCAGUGGUGUGAUCUCAACCCACUGCAACCUCCACUUCCUGGGUUCUAGCGAUUUUCGUGCCUCAGCCUCCCUAGUAGCUGGGACUACAGGUAUGUGCCACCACACUUGGCUAAUUUUUGUAUUUUUAGUAGACACGGGGUUUCACAAUGUUGGCCAGGCUGGUCUCAAACUCUUGACCUCAGGUGAUCUGCCUGCCUUGGCCUCCCAAAGUGUUGGGAUUACAGGCUUGAGACACACCGCCUGGCAAAGGUCGCCUAAUUCUAUCUCAGGGCAAAUCGUUCAUGUGGGCUGAAAUCUGUCUGUCAUACCUACCCUUAAAUAAACUUCUGUUUUUCUGGUC